AAUUGAUAUUACAUUUACUUUUUAUAUAACAAGUGUCGACACAACUAUACAAACAUAUAGGAGUGUCACUCAAUAUAUCAUAAUAUAAUAUACAUAAAAGUGACGGAUAUUUACAAUAUUUUUAUACAAAAGUUGACAUAACUUUGCCAUCACUUCUCAAAAUCAUUUCUUGUAUCCAUUUUCUGUAAUUCUUGUUAUCUUCUCGUUAGACAACAUGUCAUUUGUGUUGGUGACGGCCGAAGAUGUGUUAUACGGACCAACUUGUAUAUCGACAGAGGACUCAGCACUUCAUCAACAGAUUUCCGAUAUCUCUGAUUCAACCAAAUAUCUGACCAUUUCGUCUAAACGCCGCCACAAAUCAAAGGAAAGUGCUGAGAAAUACAAGAGUGACAAAAGUGAUAAAAUUAAAGCAAAAUAUGAAUCAAAACUGAAGGAAAUGAAAGACAAGAAUCCGGAAAAAACAGAUAAAUUGAGAGAAAAAAUGGAGAAAAUAGUUGAGAGAGAAAAACAAAGGAUUGAAGUGAUCGAUGACAAGAAAGUCAAGUUUGAUCCAAACGCCAAAGCAAUGGUCAUCAAAGUGGACGACGCGCCAGUUCGGGUCCUUAACAAACUGGCCGCUCUCGGCUAUCAAAUCACACCGAGUGCUGGUGGAGGUAGCGCUGGCUCACGAGCUGGUCAAGUGUGGACACUGUUCCGACCCGGAUAUGUGCCGCAGUUUUAUCCCGAUCUUAAUAAUCUCAAUAUUAAAUGUGAUUAUUAAGGGAUUCAAUUGAUUAUCAAAUAACAAAACUUAAAUGAUAUGAUAAUUAAAAUAUCAAAUGGGGUUUCAAUGAAACUUUAAAAUUUUAAUUGCUUUUUAUAAAAUUAGCUUUAUUGUAUUGAAUUAUUUUGAUUUUUAAUUAUAAAUUACCGGUACAUUUAAAUACUGAUUAAACACAAAAAUACAUUAUAAAAAAUAAAGUAUAUCAAAUACUAUAAUUAUUUAUAUAUAGUAUUAAAUAUUA